AUGGCUGUCAACCAGGCGUUCAUGCUCCAGGGCGAUUCAAUGCGGAGCACGCCUCUGCUGUUGACGGAUAUGAUCAAUGAUGGCAUCAGGCUGUUGAUCUAUGCUGGUAAUGCGGGUGAAUAUGAUGUGCAAUUACAUGGUGCAUAUGUAACCAGUUAUCUUUUCAGGCACAUGGUUCCUUACGACCAACCUGAAGCUGCCUUGGACAUGAUGGUCAGGUGGAUCAUGGACAUUGUCUAGCUGCGACUGGUCCUCUUCCUACCGACCACAUACUCCCUCACCGUUUUUACGUUUCUAGCCAGAUCGCACCUUUUGCCAGCCAGCUUGUAGUCUCAUUCGUGAUCAACCACAAUCCUGCGGCGGGCUGCCUUGAAGACACGGUCACAAACGUGAAGAACGGCCAAGGAUUCACCGUGAACAUCAACGCUGACGAUACGGCGCCACAUAUUACAGUGACCUAUUUCCAUAUAAUACGAGGGAACGGACGUGCAUAA